GGGAAUGUUAAUUUUCUAGGUUCUGUUGUUCCAUUUGUCUCAGAGUAUUAUUAAUAGUGCCAUACGGAUGUGAAUAGGACAUUGAUACAAUUACUGACCAAUGAUAAAGAUGAAAAUCUAUUUCAUUACAUCGCUUAUUGGACUCUCCGUUUUACUUUGUCAUGCUCAAACAGUGAAUAGAAAAAAUCUACCAACAUUUUUGUUAUGUUCUGAUGAAAAUUGUAUCAAUAGUAUAUCUACUGGACAAUUAAUUCAAGAUGUUAGUCUCGGGGACAGAAAAGUAUUUACAAAAAAUACACCUGUGGAUAUUAUAGCAAAAAGUGCUGAUAAUGAUAAUUCAGUGAUUAAAGUCAAGGUGGGCAAUGAUUACUUCUAUAUUGAUUCAAGUUUUGUCCAUGAAAAGCAAUCAUCUUCCGAUUCACGGAAUUUAUUAAAAAUUGAAAAUGGAGACAAUAAUAAUAAUAACAACAACAACAGAGAAGCUUCAACUGAUCAUCAUACUAUUGUCAAAGAUUCAAAAAAUGGAAUUAAAACAAAUUUGAAAAAAACAGAGACACAAAAGUUUAAUGGUCGUGAAAAAGUCCUGCAAGAAUCUCAUUUUGAAGAAACUGACGAGGAUAUUGAAUCUGAGCAUGAUAAUGCUGAAGAUAACAAAUACUAUGAUGACGAUGAUAAUGUGGUUUAUAUUAAUAAGAAAAAGCGUUCUUCUCGCCCUACGUCUGACAGUAUAGUCUAUGACAGUGAAUCAACGCUUGAAAACCAAAGAUUUUCAGAGGGUCACUCUGAAGAUUGGGACGCCUACCCGACGAAUUCAGAUUCAGAAGACACAGACCUACACACAGGGCAGGUAAAUGCUAAUGAGCAUAGAGAAAUGAAAAGUGAUCGAAUUCCGGUGAACAAUAAGCAAACAAAUCAAAGAGUUAAAAGAGGUACAGCCCAUCGUGAUAAUGAACAACAAAAAUCAAGUGAAGCCAAUAGACAAGUUGAUCAAGCUAGUAUUCAUCCAGCGCCUACGUCUGUUCCAACUGGUAUUGAUGUUGCAUCAGGAAAGCCAUCUCCAGCUGUUGUUAAACAGGAACCGUCACCAUCUACCCCUCCAAGUGUCGUUAAAAAGGCGGUUGAUGAGACUGUUGUUCAUGCACCACCUGCACCUGUUCCAAUUGAUAGUGGCACACCAGGAAAGCCAUCUCCAGUUGAUGUUGCUAGACAGGAACCGCCACCACCUGCCCCUCCAAGUGUUGUUAAAAAGGCGGUUGAUGAGACUGUUGUUCAUGCACCACCUGCACCUGUUCCAAUUGAUAGUGGCACACCAGGAAAGCCAUCUCCAGUUGAUGUUGCUAGACAGGAACCGCCACCACCUACCCCUCCAAGUGUUGUUAAAAAGGCAGUUGAUGAGACUGUUGUUCAUGCACCACCUGCACCUGUUCCAAUUGAUAGUGGCACACCAGGAAAGCCAUCUCCAGUUGAUGUUGCUAGACAGGAACCGUCACCACCUACCCCUCCAAGUGUUGUUAAAAAGGCAGUUGAUGAGACUGUUGUUCCUGCACCACCUGCAUCUGUUCCAAUUGAUAGUGGCACACCAGGAAAGCCAUCUCCAGUUGAUGUUGCUAGACAGGAACCGCCACCACCUACCCCUCCAAGUGUAGUGAAAAAGGCAGUUGAUGAGACUGUUGUUCCUGCACCACCUGCAUCUGUUCCAAUUGAUAGUGGGACAGCAGGAAAGCCAUCUCCAGUUGAUGUUGCUAGACAGGAACCGUCACCAUCUACCCCUCCAAGUGUAGUUAAAAAGGCAGUUGAUGAGACUGUUGUUCCUGCACCACCUGCACCUGUUCCAAUCGAUAGUGGUACACCAGGAAAGCCAUCUCCAGUUGAUGUUGCUAGACAGGAACCGUCACCACCUGCCUCUCCAAGUGUUGUUAAUAAAGGAGUUGAUCAAACUGGUGGUCAUCCACCACCUACCUCUGUUCCGACUGGUAUUGAUGUUGCAUCAGGAAAGCCGUCUCCAGUUGAGGCUGUUAAACAGGAACCGCCACCACCUACCCCUCCAGCUGUUGUUAAACAGGAGUCGCCACCACCUACCGCUCCGAGUGCAGCUAAUAAAGGAGUUGAUCAGAUUAGUAUUGAUGUUGCAUCAGGAAAGCCAUCUCCAGUUGAUGUUGCUAGACAGGAACCGCCACCACCUACCCCUCCAAGUGUUGUUAAAAAGGCAGUUGAUGAGACUGUUGUUCAUGCACCACCUGCACCUGCUCCAAUCGAUAAUAGUACACCAGGAAAGCCAUCUCCAGCUGAUGUCGUUAAACAGGAGGUGCCACCACCCAUCCCUUCAAAUAUAGUUGACAAAGGAGUUGAUGAGACUGUCGGUCAUGCACCACCUGUUCCAAGUGAUAGUGAUGUAUCAAGGAAGCCGACUGCAAAUGUUGUUAAGGAAGAGCCGUCACCGUCCAUCCCUUCAGGUGUUGUAGUUAAUGAAGGAUUUGAUCAGACUAGCAGUCAUACACCACAGCCAUCUGAUCCAACGGAUAAUGGUACUCCAGGAAAGCCGUCUCCAGCUGAUGUUGUUAAGGAAGAGCCGUUACCAUCCAUUCCUUCAAAUGUAGUUGAUAAAGGAGUUGAUCAGACUGGUAUUGAUAUUGCAUCAGGAAAGCCAUCUCCAGUUGAUGUUGUCAAACAGGAGGCGUCACCAUCUAUUCCUUCAAGUGAAACCGUUAAGGAGAUAGUUGAUCAGACUGCUAAUGAUGUGGUAUCAUCAAAUGUGUCUAUGGAUAAUGUUAUCUUAGAUCCAACAAUAAGUAUUUCUUCCUAUCAUCAUGAGAAUAUCACCUUACCUGAUCAUAGUUCCUUGUCUAAACAUGAAAUUCCAGAUAGUGAAACUCCAUCAGAAAAUAAUAUCUUACCGCAAAACAAUGACACAAUUGUCUCGCAUGAAUUAAAUCUUGAACCUGCUACACAACAUCAUACUGUCGAUUUAAGUAAAUUCGCCUGUCCAGCAAUGUGUCAAGAAUUCUACGAAUCAUACGAUUUCCCAGUACACAUGGGAUUAGUACAAUGUUUAUACUUCGCGGCGAAUGCUAGUCUUUUUGAAGCUCAUAAGGCGGCAUCGUUUAAAUCGCCUUUAUCACGUCUACUGAUCAAUGGAAUUGUCUAUUUCUUUAAAACUGCCAAUUUAUCUCUUCAAUACUUCCCUGAGAAUAUGGUCACGAGUAUAAAUCAUCUGCUUUUAACAACAUGUUCUAUAUCAUUAGAUUUUCUCAUUGCAUGGAUGAUAUUUGCAAUUCAUUUAAUUUUUAUUUGGAAUAUCGGAAAAGGUAUGAACUACUUGUUUUACAGGUAUAUUUCACCUCAAAAAUACAAAUCUACAUCUUCUAGUGAUUAUAUAAAACUUGAAGAGUAUAGUAUUCAACUGGCAAGUCAGCUGUCAGAUAUGGAAGAGUCGAAUGCACACUUAUCGAAGUGGGCCAACUCCCUGCAACGUAAACUACAAAGUCUUCAAGAAGAGUACACGUCGAAGCUGUCGGCGAUGACACUAUCCGUUGAUGAUUCACACGAAUCAUUUAUACGUGUCCAGUCUGAGCUGAAUCGUUUAAAAGAUGCACACGCUAUACUAGAAAGAAAUUCACGUUCAAAGCUACAAGAUAAGGAGGAGGCGAUUCGUGAACUACACUCAGAAAUUGAUCACUUGAAACAAUUGAAUGCUGAGAAUGAAGAAAGCUGGAAGCGGAAACUAUCAAAAAUUGAAGAAAAUAGCCAGAAGUCUAUAGAAGAAUUAAAAGAUGAACAAGAGAAACUGUAUUCACAAGCUAAUAUAUAUUAUAAUCGCAUGAAGACAAUGCAAUCAGAGGUGGACAAGAUUAUUGAGUCGCGUAAAUUGACUGAAGAAAAGUUGAUUGCCAAGGAAGCAGAAUUUCAAAGUCUACUCAGCACAUUCAAUACACUGAAAAGUCUUGAAGUGAUAUUAUCUGAACAAGAAACAUCUUGUUUAAAGCAUGAAACAGAUAGAACUGAAGAAAAUGAAGUAAGCAUGACUGAUAAUCUAUCUCAUACAAGUGGUAUAUCAGAAGAUGCAGUAGUAGGGGAUCUAGACAACAAAUCGCGUACUCUUUCUCAAAGUGAUAUAUCCAGCUUAAAUGAUGAAGUGGACAGUCAGCAUCAUCAGCAUCAGCGGACAGAAAAGUCGAAACUACAUGAACAUUUAUCAUUUCUUUUGGAUAUCGGUCGAUUGCAUGCUCAAAUCAGACUGAAAGAUGAACAGAUAAAAAGUGAAGAAUUUAAAGCGAAAAAUGAACAUGAGUUAAGAAUUGAAGUUGAAUCAAAAUUGGAAGAAAUAGAAAAAGAAAACUCCACCUUGAGAACUAGUCAAACUCAACUUGAACAGGAGAGAAAUGCCCUACAAACUAAGCUGGAUAUUUUGUCAGAGUACUUUAAAGAACGUGAGCUUGAAUUGCAAAGAGAUUUAGGGAAACAUGUUGUAGUCGGUUCUGAGUCGUCAGAAGCACUCGUGAAUAGUCGAAAGCGUAAUCAAGAGCUUGAAGCAGAGGGGAGAGUACUCCGAGAACAGAUAUCAGCUUUACGACGUGAACUGGCUGAAACUGAACGCACCAGUAGGCGGCAGAAAUCAGAGUUGGAUAAGCGUUGUCAUGAAAAUUGGUUAGCAGCUCGUGCAUCUGAACAUCAAGUUCAAGAGCUUCGUGAGGAGAAUUCAACUCUUCGCCAGAAAUUGAUUGAAUCGGAAAAUAGUAAUUUACGUUCAUCAAUGCGUGCAUUCUCAGAAAAACCGGGAUCAUUUGAAAAAAUUAUGAAUGUAUUCCCGAGACCUUUGUUACCAUCUGGUUUCAUGAAAAAUGCCAGUGGAAAUACAAACUCUCUGUCAAGACAAUCAUUAACAAGUUUGUCUUCUCAAAGAUCAGCAGUCGCUGAAGCUAAUCCAUUUCCGUUCAUGCCACCUCCUCCACCUCCGCCGCCGCCUGGAAUUAUGCCAUUCCCAGGUGGUUUAAAAGGAGAUGCUAGACCACCACCACCACCCCCGGGACAUAUGUUGCCAGGAUUUCCAGUACCUUUCCCUCCAGGAUUUCUACCUCCGCCUCCAUUUCCACCUGUUACAAAAUCUAACAUUGAUCAACAUAAACAACAGAGUUCUCCUUCGUCAGUAAGUGGUUCACUAAAAUAA